GUUGCGCAAGUGCUUGCGCAGAGAAAAUGCGUGACUGCCAUCCACAAGCACUAUACGACGGAAGAGUGGAAGAAGUGGGCAGAAGGUCCCGGCAAGGAUAUCAUGGACUAUGUGGCAGUCAGCACCGGAAUCCUUCAGAAGGACAUGGACAAACUUGCCGAGAUCAUCAAGGCGGUCCCAACAGUGAGGAUGAUUUGCAUCGAUGUCGCCAAUGGCUACUCCGAG